AUGCGUGCGGCCGUGAUAUACGUUAUUGCUUUCCUUACCAGUGGCGCCUGGGGCCUUCCCGCUGCGUCGCCAGUUCGAGGUCAGAAUGCGAACUGUUUUCCCUUUGGAAGUGCCUCUUUCAACGGCUCGCUCCAAGCACCUAACGUGACGAGGAAGGAAUGGUGGUGCCCUCAAUCUAUGACCUAUGGCUUCCUUGGCUUCUCCUAUCCUAUGGAAGGAGAAUGCUACGAUGAUAGCUUCGAACGCAUCAACGCAGACUUGCAACGCCAGAAACGUGACUUUGGUGCAAGCUUGGUCAGAGUCUACUUGCCAUAUUGCUACACCACUUACAUUUGGGAGAACCUUAUCAAGGCAGCUGUUGCCAACGACAUGGGAGUUGUUGCCCAAGUCGCCUGGCCUCUGAACGGGGAUCCCCUUGAAUACUGGCAGAAGAUCGCCGCCUCCAUCAUUGAGAUCCUCUCAAACAGCACUUACAAGGAUAUUGCACCCUACGUCUUUCACAGUAUUGAGUUCGGAACGGAGCCAAUUGGCGACCAAGACGAUGGCGACAACUUCAUCAACGACCUGACCAACUUCAAGACGGCUGUAAAGCCUUACGGCAUUCCAGUCGGCAUCAGCGAAGACUGGGACCGUCCUGGGAUCAUGUGCAGUAACUACACAGCUGGUCAAGCCCCGGGUCUCGGCCCUACCGGGAAGCAAAUCCUUCCGCAAAGCGACUUUGUCCAUGCACACAUUAUGCCGUACUAUCACGGAUAUAACAUAUCUGGAUCAUGGGAGUAUAUCAGUGACCAAGUGCACUGGUACAAGAACUACACGCCUGUUCCCCUUGUGAUCUCUGAGACACAAUGGGCUUGGGAGCUCAACGUUCUGCACCAGGGAAGCAAAGAUAUCGGUACGCCGCAGUACACGACGUUCUGGAAAACAUACGAUGCGAACUGCCAGUUCUUUAAGAAGAACAAUGUAGGCUGGUUCUUGCACGCGUGGAAAUGGGAGGGAACCUUCAACAUGGUCACCCCGAAUAACUCGUACGCGAUACCAAAUUGGAAACCGCAGAAGUGCUAG